AAAUAUAUAUAUUUUUAUAAUUGCAAAUUAAUAUUGUUAAUAUUCAAUGUUAAUUUCGACCCAAGUUGCUGUUUAUGUAAAUGAAUAACACGUCUGAUGGAUAUCUUUCAGAAUAUGAACGAUUAUUACCGCAUCAGAUAUGACAUUGAGUGGCAUCAGUAAUCAGAAGUUACAAUGAUUAGUACAGCCUGUACUUUGGAAGAUGCGUGUAGGCAGGCUCAGGAUCUGGUAUCCAGAUGUUGGAAAAAUGCCCAAGGUCAAAAUUCAUUGGCCUUAACAUCGGAUAAACCAUUAUCCUCCCAGAAAAAAGAGCAGAGUCACUCCAGGCAUAGUAUCCAAUCCAAACUCACCAGACUCUAUUUUGAAGAACUUUCCAAGGUUCCUCAUGCAACCCCAGAUUCAGUUUUGAACAAUCUUGAAAAUGAGUGUGAUCUUUUGGGGCGGUUAGUGCAAAGGGAAGGUUUAAAUACGUUAAUCGUUAAUCUAUACGCUGGUAAUAAAGGAUACUCAUUAGCUGUAAGAAAUAGCGAUAAGGGGAAUCAGUACGAUAAAAAUUCAUUAGCUGAGACUCAACUCAUGGGUUACGAACAGGGUGAGCUACUUUCGUGCAUAGAUAAUGGCCAAUUGCCAGCUAUGCUAGCCGAACAAUUAGAAUCCAGUUAUUCACAUUUAUUUUACGACGGCUGUAUGAUCGCUGAAGUUCGAGAUUAUCGAAGAUCAUUUCUUCACAACAGAGCCGAGGUUCACCAUGUACUUCUUAAACCUACCACACAGAGCGUACUUUCGGAUGUAUCGACACUUACAAGUGACGGAGAUUGGAGCCACGAGGAGCGAUUAAUGUUGGAGUCACAUUUAGUGGCAGCUACUCAAGGUCCUUUGUGCUUGGAUCCGAAUCCUAUUCCUACCUUAGCUAGUACAAGAAUUAAGCAAUCUAAAUCAUUGCUUACCGAUCAUCAACUCAUGCGGCAAGCUAAAAAAUUCUCUCAGGUCACAGUAAAUCGAAAAAGAAAAUUGGAACAGUUGGCCCAGCCGGAAGGACAAACAAUACAUGACUUAAUGCAGAAAUCCCGUACGAAAAGAAGAGGAUUAGCGACCAAUACUGCCUGUCCACCGCCUUCUCUUAAAAUUCCUGAGCUGCCUGCACCUAAACAGACCGAUGUUUUAAGAUUCGCGAAAUUAUACGAGCGGCCACAAGAAACAACAGACUGUUCGCCACAAGUUAUAGAAGAAUAUAUAUUAGAACCUGCGGAAAGUCAGGAUUAUAUAAAGCUCUCGAUUCUCCAGAGGCCUGCUACUUCCGAGUACCUGGGAGAACUUUAUAUGGACAAAAAUCAUAGGGAUGGAGAGAGAAAUGGCUCUUCUUGCAGGUUUACAUUGGGUACCAGAGCUGUGGCCAAUCAUUAUUAUCAGCAAUUUAAAGAAAUAUUUACAGAAGAGGGUAGGAAACAUGUGAAAAUAAAACAUAUUAUACCAGGGCAGACUCCUCGUAUUGCAUGUACACCUGCCAUGCUGCGAGCACAUCAGGCGCAACAAGCAAAAGCGGCGCAAUUAGCAGCGGCUCAACAGUUGCAGCAGGUUCAGCCCCAACACGUAGCACAACAGCAAAUCCGCGCGUCAUUUCAGAUUUUAUCACGGGCUCAAGGACAACUAACUAAUUUGGCUAAUCAAGUAGCCUCAAUGAAAGCUAUGACAGAAGCCACCACCUCUGCACAAAAUAAUCUGACGUGCGUGGACUCCGCGAAUAUUCCACAAGUUAUCCCGCAGAAUGACAUUACCGCAUUGAGCUCAGGGCAAUCUUUGGCCAAUGGUGGCCUUAACGCGUCGACCUCCGUGCAAAUUAAUAACUCCGCAAUGGCAGUAGCGGACAACACUUGUAACGGUUCUGGUAUUCUGAUCUUUCAGAAGUCGGCUGGUACUAUUAAUAAUACAGCAGCCACCAAUGUUCCAGUUUUGCAAGCGCAAUUGCAAGCAAGAACACAGAACUGCAUAGGUGAUGCUGCCAAUCAGAACCAAAAUGAGCCACCGUACAAGAAACAUUCGACUAAUCCAGCAAUAAGCGCUCUUGCUAAUUCCCUCAUGAACUCCGCACAGCAAUUCCAGCAACAAGCUGCAGCCAAUGCUGCGGCCGCAGCUAUGAAUAACAAUGCACAAGCCACAAACAAGUCCAACAAUGCCGCGAUUCUUAGUCUAUUAAAUAGCACCCCUGCGAAUAUAGCUCAGCGAAAAGUUCAACCCCAAAGGAUCUCCAUUAAUACUUCCAUCCCAUCUAGAGUUAUCAGUCAUGGCAAUGUGAUCAACGUGCCCAACACCACUGGUCAAGUACGCGUGAGCUUAAGCUCCUCCGCUUUAACGGGACAGCUAAGUUGCAAGCAACAACCAGUGAAAGCGACUGCUGUAAGACUUGCGCGAGUCCAAGACCCUACGUCUACUCUUGGCUUAUCAAUGCCGGGACUUUCGGCUUUACUUGCUGGCACGCCAUCGGCUGACAACCCGAUACCUGGAAUGAAUUCGACUUCAUCACUGCUCGAACGGCUCACCGCUUCUUCCAGUCAGAGCAGUCAACCAGCGAGUCCGAUGACUAGCCCAUCGCCAACCAACGUGAAUCUACAGGGCGUGAACCUCACUAGUCUGCCGAACUCCAUCAACGGUCUACAAAACGUUCAGGUAUCAUUCCCAGGCUUGUCGCAACCUAUCACGAUGUCGUUGAACAUGUCUCCGACCACUGGCGGCACCGUCACACCUACUGGGGUCAUUGUCUCCCUCCCUAUAUCAUCUGCCACAAAUACCUGCACGACAGUAUCGAGCAUGGUAGCUGCAACAGUCGUUACGACAGCUAUCGCCGGGAGUACACCAACGGUGGUGAUCGCCAAUCCUGCCAAUGCUCACUUGUCUUUACCCAUCGCCCAAUUAAUACCAUCUGGGGUAAAAGGAUUGUCGCAGCAAAGUAUGAGGAACAAUAACGCAGUGACUCUUGCACAGGGAGGACAAGCAAUCCAACUUAUUGGAUCUCAAAGACCACGAUUUAAUCAUAUGACUCGUCAAGUACAGUCGAAUCAAGUUAAAUCGGCUGUCUUAUCGAAUCAAUUGGUGACAGUUGCGAAAACAGUAACGGCGAGUCAAUUGAUACUAUCUGGUAACAAACAAGUAUUAACUCCUAUAAUGGCCGCGACGAAGCCCGUGCUUAUGGCAUCACAGACGACGCCUUCUUCCCAAGUAGUACCUGUUAAUAAGCAAACUCUAUUGACAAAAUCCUUGCACGCUAGGGCUUCUACUGGUCAAUGCAGCCAGCAGACGCAAAGUCUCGGGGUGGCUACUUUAUCCCAACAACAACUUCAGCAAUUACAACAAUGUUUAGCUGCGCAGCAUAAAGUUGCUGUCGCAGCGGGAAGUUCUCAAAGCAGAACGCAAAUUGAAGCUCAGAGAAAUUCUACGUCUGCCCCGGGGGAAGACCCCGCCUGAAUAUGUUCAAAUAAAUGAUAAUGAUCAUGUUACGUCGAAAUAAUUGAAGCCCGCCUGAAAGAAAUGUAGUGAGGCAUUUGUAUAUUACAUUAUGAUUAUGAAUAUGAGAUUUUAAUUUUUUGCAUGUGAAAAUCGUAUGAAAAAUGUGUUUUUGUUUUAAAUUGUCUACUUAGUUACGACGAAGUUUUACUCUAGCAAAUUAUUCGUAUCUGCCGACUGAAAAUAUACAAAAUAUAUAAGAAAAUAUACAGAAUAUUUUACCAGAUCAGUAUUACAUAAUAUUAAUGACCAUGUGCAAUAAAUGCAUUUCUCCCAAAUGAAUGUCCGCCUUAAAAUGUUACUUUAGGGGAGGUUUCAAUUAUUGUAAAUAUAACUUAUACAUAUAUAUAUAUAUUAUAUAUAUAUAAAUAUAUAUGAUACGAUUUGUUUUAUAUUAAAAACAUAAUAAAUAUUCCAGUUUUUAUUGAUCUUUAUCCCUUUUUGUAGCACUAUCGAAAUCUUGCAAUCAAUCCUCGUAUUCUUAAUCUAUUUUAUGAAUACUGACAAGAACAAUGUUAACUCUCAUUGAUGUAUUUUAUUUUAUUUAAUUAUAUACAUCAAACAAAUUUUAUUUAAUCUAUUGAAAUUUAUUCCAUUUCGUAUUUUUCCAAGAGACUGUCAUAUGUAAUCUAGCCGUCGUUAACAUUUAUUUGUACAUUUUGAUACGUGUGUUGCACAAUUUUUAUUUGUAUAUAAUAAAGUACAUAUUUUAUAUAAUACCACAAAAUAUUUUUUUAGUAUUUUUAUACAAAUUACGGGCAUCAUAAAAGUUGUCAAGGAAUCCAUGCGCAAAACUAGAAGAGUAGCAAAACAUAUAUGUAAAUGCAUUUAUUUUUUUUUAAUGUAAUGCUAUCGUACAAUGUUCAUCGGUUAUCUACAUCUAUGUAUAAAUAAUCGAAACACUUUGCAAAAUAAAAAACAAAUCGUUAGCAUUUAAAAAAAUACCAAAAACUAAAUAUUUUGUUAAUACUUAUUAAAUAUUAUUAGAAUUCUUUGUUUAUAAAAUAAACGUUUCUCAUGCUUCUUUUACAAGUUACUCAAAAUUUAAAUCUGACAAAGUAUUUCCUAAAUAUCAAUCAGUGUUCACUAAUUAAUGUUUUUUUAUACAUCAAUUAUAAACAGGAUAAUUGAUUUGAUUGUCAAUUUGAUUUAUUCAUUAGCACUUAAUCUACUUAUUCUACUUACAAUAAGGUAACACAACAAUAAGCGUAACCAUUCACAAUGUAAUCACCAAAAUUAAGAUUUUAUAUCAUAUCAAUGUUUUAUAAAAAGGAAGAUUUAUCAAUGAGACCAACGUUUUUUUUAACAAUACUUCUUUAAUUGGAUCAUUCAUAUAUUAACAAGUAGGGAGACUGUUAAUAACCAAAUAAAAAAUUUAAUCUUGUUAAUCGAAAUCGCGCGAUAUAAAUGAUAACAUUUAAAAAAAUUGCA